AGCGCCACCUAGUGUCAAGUGACUUAUGCUAAAGAUGGCGGCGCCCAUGAAUACGACAACGAGUACAAGUUUCCAGAAGAAAACAAGGGGGAAAGUAGCGCAAAUACCAGGGGCCCGCCCUUCAUUGCAGAAUGGACAGCUACUCGUUUCAACCGGGGUGCCGUCCCUAGAUUUUCUUGUGGGAGGAGGUCUUGCUGUUGGAACAGUUCUGCUUAUUGAGGAGGACACGUAUGGCAGUUAUGCUCAGCUGCUGUUGAGAUACUUCUUAGCUGAAGGCGUCAUGACUGGCCACAGUUUGUUUGUAGCAAGCGCCGACGAUAAACCACAGACAAUAUUAAAGAAUCUUCCAUGUCCAGUUGAGGAUGACCCAGUCAAAAAGUCGGCUGAGGCAAUCAAGAGCAAUGAGGGCGCUAUGAGCGCUGAGGAUAGGAUGAAGAUAGCCUGGCGAUAUGAGCAUCUGCCCAAACACCAGUCUACCCCAUCGACACAUCGAUUCGGCCAUUUCUAUGAUCUCAGUAAAUCAAUGCCUGAUGACCGAUUGUCCAAUGUGGCCUGUCAUUGUCUUCAUAUGACUGACGAGUCUUGUGUUUCUUCUCCACCAUACCGGCGGUUAUUUCAGCAGAUGGAAAAGCAGAUUUUGGAUGGAGGCUUUAGUUUAUUACAAAAACAGUCCAGUAAUAGAAACAUCUUAAGACUAGCCGUGCACUCUUUGGGUUCACCCCUUUGGGGGGAGGAGCUAUCCACAACACAGCAUGAUAGACAUCAGGGGGCGGAGUUAUGUCAGUUCCUACAUGCGCUACGCGCCUUGAUCCGAAACUCACUAGCCGUGUGUGUCAUCACUAUGCCAACACAUUUAUUUACUGAUGUAGCUGUGACAAGAAGAUUGGAGAGGUUGUGCGACACGGCCAUCGAGCUGGAAUCAUUCGCUGGAUCAGAGAAGGAAAAGAAUCCUGUAUACAAGGAGUAUCAUGGCUUAUUUCACAUCAAACAGCUGCCCAGGUUGAACUCACUGACUGGUCACAUGCCUGACACUAUGGACCUUGCCUUCAAGUUGAAGAGGAAGAAACUAACUAUUGAGAAAUUACAUCUACCUCCAGAGUUGCCGGAAACAGUCAGCAGGACGCAGGAGGAUCCAGUUCCGAGAGCAAUAGCGCCCUCUAUCGGCUGCGGGUCACUAGGCGGUCGGAGUAAACUGGAUUUCUGAAUCUGAACUGAUCCAUGUGAUGACCUUCACGGUGUUGAAUUGCAUUAGGUCUUUGGGCUGACUCUAGUGUGGUUACGUGCUUUGCAUCUGAGAAUUUGUUAUGGCGUCUUGACACUGACUUCAUGUAUAGCUUCCGAUGCACACUGGUAAAUAGGCCUGAAUCCAUCCGUCGAGCUCGUGAAUAAAAGUUAUACCCUCCAAAAUUCUAUAUUAGAGAGUUCUGAGGGCCAUAAAAUUGGGGAAUUGAAGAGAUAUGGCAAUGAACCUCUGGCCCGGACUUGGGGCUUCCAAUUCUGAGCAUUUUGGAUGCAAUUGGGCUCCAAAGUAGCGCUAUUUUUCCAUGUUGUGGGGGGAGCUUUUUUCUGCCUUUCCACUUUGGGGAAACUAGGGGUUGUCUUCUUUGGGUGGGAAUUAAUAUCUCGAAAAGUCAAUGGUCAACCCACCAAAAAAUGAAAAGAAAAUGAAAGAUGACAUGUUGAUCAUCAUUUUUCUGUGAAGCUUAAAUACCUGUGAGAGUUCUGAGUAUGGACAUUAAUUAGCACUGGUGUCUAUGGGAAUUUUAAUGCAGGGUUGCACCCUUCAAGAUCAGCAAAGUGACUGUAUGACUAGGUCAAAGGUCAAUGACCUCUGAAGUGGUAUAGGUAAAACAAACAGUUCUUUAAGUUGCCGGCCGAAGGAAACAAAAAAAACAGUUGUGUGUUGAAUCUCUUCUUUUUCAAGUGAAGAAGCUUCAGAGAUACAAGUCGGGCAUUAGUCUCUGGUCGAACGAUAUGCCUCCAACAACAGAGGGCGCUGUUCACUAUCCAAAAUUGCCGAUUUAGUUUUCACGUCCAAACAUGAUUCUGUGCUCCUUAUUCGCAUGGGCGGGUGCAGGGUAGGAGUGCACACCCCUCCAUUAUCCAUUGUUUCGGGCAAAAUCCUCCCGUCGGCAAAAUCGUGUGUCUGCAGUGUCGGCAAAUAAAUGCAGCAACGAAUAACGCUACGGCCUCGUGGAUUGUGGGACAUAGGUGCACUACAUUAUUCUCUGUUCCACUUGCAAUAGAGAGAUAUUACUAUAUCUCCAGUAAAUGUUGGUCUGCUUGAUAUUUAUGAUAUAAGUACAUCGUAUGUACCGGUACCUCAAGUUUCCAUUUGUAGUUUACGCCUAGGAGGUUAUGUUUUCAUCAGGGUUGGUUGGUUGGUUUGUCUGAACCCCAUGCGUACGGGAAGCGGUCAUGGCCGCGGCC